CAAAGGGAGAGAGAGCUAGGAGUGGUGGUGGUUGAGAGAGAAAUGCGUUCUGCAUGCGACGACCGCGACUGGAAAUUGCGGGGGCAAAUUAGGUAAGCGCUGUGGCGUCCACUGACGUUUGUACCAUUCUUGUCCAGCAACACUACGUUUGCCAGGCUACGUCGACUGUAGUCCACUAGCAGCCAUAUCGUAGCCCUCUAGGUUUUACUACGCUACGGCGUCGGCUUCAAUUCUUCCUUUCUCCUCCCUUCACGUUCCGAAAGAACCGAAACAACUCUAUGUUUAGGCCUUUACUCUCUGGGCCUUCUCGCAGAAUAUGCAGCUCUCUCCGCACACGACCAAGUCAGAAUUAUCUCCAACACAGACAUUACAACAUCAUGACAGGAAACAUGUCAAAGAAGACCAAGCCUCUCGACGUCAACUGUGGCCCACUUGUCUGGAUAGACUGUGAGAUGACUGGGUUGGACUACCAAACCGAUACUAUCCUCGAGAUUGCGGUGCUGAUCACCAACGGUGAACUCGACAUCGUCGACGAUGGCGUAGAGUUCGUGAUCAAGAAAGACCGGGCUGUCAUGGACAACAUGAACGAGUGGUGCAUCAAACAACAUGGUUUUUCAGGACUGACCGAGAAAUGCCUCGCUUCCCCCUUCACGUUAGACGUCGUACGAGAUUCCGUCCUCCACUACAUCAAGUCAUGGAUUCCGGACCAGCGCGUAGGUGUCCUCGCUGGCAACUCCGUGCAUGCAGACAGAGCAUUCCUAGCUCGCGAAAUGCCAGAACUAGUAGACUGGCUUCAUUAUCGUAUAGUUGAUGUCUCCUCAAUCAAGGAACUACACAGACGAUGGUACCCCACAAAAUUCAUCCCUCAAGAGCAAUGGGGAGAGCAAUCCUCACACCGCGCCCUCGAUGAUAUCAAGGCCUCAAUACGAGAGCUGAAAUGGUACAAGGAGAACCUAUUCCUUGCGCCUGAGGCUGCUGCGCCCAUGCUUCGACGGCCUUGAUCUCCACCUCUUACUCCAACUCAUCGGUCUGUCGGUCAUGGAACAACCGACACUGCUCUCUUCAGCACGAUAUUUAGGCCCAUGGUCAAUCCGAAUGGGGAUCGUAAUUCUCCAUACUCACUUGUGGCUUUCGAUCCGUGUAUUCUACUGUUUCCUCAGUUAACGAGGUUCACGGCGCGAGUCAUGUCGAUUUCGUGUGGUCGGUCGAGUCUAUAAUCGCGACCCCACCUAGACUCUUACAAUUCACCCAAUCGCAUACACUCUUUU